CCUCUUGGUGAUUCGAAUAGUCAGGUCAGCUUUUUUAGUUGUCCGAAUAAUCUCAUUUCAUUAUUUGAUAUUGUUAAUUUAUUUGUUAUGUAAUUUGGCUUCUCAAAUAGCUUGCAAAUACAAUAGUUCUUUUGGUUCGUUACUUAUUAUCUGAAAGCGCCAUCUAUCAAGGUAGAAGACAUGUUAACUACUGUUUUUUUUAUCAUAGUUCUCAUCGGAGCUUUGCUCACUUCUUAUGUCAGUCAGUCAGUCAACUACAGUGUAGGACCAGGCACAUAUGUGCAUCGGUCCAAGUUGCCAUACUUCAUUAGCACGACAAAAUGAACACGAAAUUCAUAGUAGUUACUUCAAUGGUAGUAAUAUAUGAGAGAAAAAUUGUGUAAUUACGUUGAAACCAUCAAACGAGAAAUACCGAGGUUUAAUUCAGUAUAGUAGGCGUACGUGAUAAAUCUGUUGAUGUAGCUGUUAAUCUUCAAUGGAGGUGACUGGGACGUGUUGCGUAUGCUCAGCAACCAGUUUACCUCGACUCACAACGUUGGUUAGAGUUGAAUUAGGCUGAAAAUGAAUUAUAGAUGACUCACAAAAGUCAUAGCAUCACUCCACUCAAUCGUUGUGUAUUGGACAGUCGUUUUUAUAAAUGCAGACUAUCUAGUUAUACUGGGGGCAUCGGUGGUUGGAUAAGUCGCGUGACAUAAUUCAUAUUCAGUUACAGUGUCUGUGUCUGUCCCUUCCAAUGUUGAGCUUCAACAUUGUUUUGUACUUUUCAUUUAUAGAAUUCAUCUCUUUCCGAAUUAUUUUAUAUAAGGCUUAGAUUGUGCUCAACACCACCGGUACUACUACUACUGAUUAUUUUAACUCAUGCAGUUUUAUCUUGUCAAUUUUAUUUUGCGAUUGUAGAGUAGUAUGGUAAUGGGCUGGUACAUAUUUAUACCAGGUAUUAUAUUGAUUAUGAUUGACCACCUGACCUAAACGGUUUACUUCAUUAGUGGUAUAUAACAACAGAAAUAUAUUAGCGUCUAUGUUAGUAGUGGAUAAUAGAUCGUUUUCUUUCGAAAAUUGUUAAAUAUUUUUGCGAACUUUCCAAUUGUUUAUGGCAGAUUCUAUGGAUACUUGUCGUCGAUUGGAGCACCAAUUGAUUACCGGACCAAUAACUCAUAAACCAAUCCUAACAGCCUAGAGUCACUCUGAGUUCUUAUUGAACCUCCGAGACAGUAGCUUCUCACCUAACCCAGCCGAUUCACUGUAAAACACCAAUAUCAGCCUAUUCUAUAUGAAUCUUGUAUAUAUGUAUCUAUGUAUACAAGUAAAUCAGACUUCAUCAUACUAUAAAAUAUAAAAUAAAAAUUAUACAAGAUCAGGCCAAAAAUGGCUAAGUGUGAAAUACUGUAUCUAAUAAAUUGGGAACAAGUUGAGAAUGGUAAAUCGUAUAAUAGUAGUUAAUAGGUCAAAUGGAAGCUUAUAAUGAAAAGAAUAUGUAUGUACAUAUAAUAUAGUUACUUAGUAAUUAUACAAUAAGAAUAUAUAUAAUUAGUCUAUAAAUAGAUUCUAGCAGUUACUAUUCACUUAUUCUUCGUCCGGAUAUGAUAUAUACUUCAUAUUGUAAUAAUGAUCAUCAUCUGUUUGUAUAUUUUAGUAGCGUUGUGCAAAAUUCAAGAGUUAAAUAAUGGUACAUAUAUAAUGAAAUUUGCACUUUCCUAAUUUUUGUUAUGGUAUUUUCUAUAAGGGAACCUUAAUUAAUGUUAUUAUCUAAAUAGAAUUACAGAAGGAGCAUAUCAUAUAUUAGUAUUUUGACAUGAUAAACAGGCGUUUUCAGCCAAACUAGAUGACUCUACUGCUUUCAAGAGAAAUUUGUUCCUCUUUCUGUGUUAAAAUUUCUGCCUUUCUGAAAUGCUCAUAUUCAUUUAAUUAUAGCUUCAUCACUUUAAAACUGCUUCUGGCUUUGUUAUUUAUUGUAUCGCUAAUUUGAAAAUCCUCCUCUAUUUAGUCUUUGAACAUAUGGAAAAAGGCAUACAUUUUUUGCCGUUAAAUAAGAAAUGUCCAAUGGUUUAUCGGUAAUUCCACAAUAAUAGGACAAUAAUUUGGAAAGUAUAUCAACAUUCCCUAGAAAUUAAUUCAUAGUAUUUCUUUGCUAAGCUACAUAAUUGGUGUUACUAAGGUUAAUUUCAUGUCAAGGUUUACAACUUCAAUCGGUAGAUUUUACUAUGAACCCUAAAAUUUCGAUGUAUCAUUAUUACAGACAUAAAUUUCAAUUAGUUCAAAAUUGCCAUGGAAGAUGUACAUCAUGAAUCCACACAGGGUAUGCUUUUUACGAUAAGAUCCAGUAUGAAUUAAGAAUAUACUGCCAGCUUUUUUAAACUUUGGAACUAAUUUAUAAAAUCCCAAUUAGGAAAAAUAAAUCGAAACAAACAAAUUUUUCUAACUUGCUUGAUAUUCACUGUCCUCAAACAAGAUUAAUUUAUUAUAUUAGUGUUUUCAUCUUCCUCACCAUGGUCCGAAAUACCAUUCGUAUCCAUGAAUCAACUCCUGAACUCGGUAUACAACCCCCUCUAUCUGCGUUCACAUGUAAAUGUUGUUUCAUGUAAUUGUUUACGUUCUUCCACUACGUUGGUGGCAGUGUUGACGUUUUAAAUUCCGCCUUUUUACUUUACUUGGUUUUCUACACUACUACUGUAUUUGUUUUUUAUUUCUAAACUUCACCAAGCCAUUAUAAACCAAUCUCAAGCUUGUCUAACACAUUACUGAUCGGAUCUUGUUGAUAGGUUUGGUUUGUGUCCAUAAGUCUGAAUGAUUCAAUAUCUCAUGUACCGGGAUUUUAGUUAAUCGGUAAAUGAGAAUCAAUUGCAAGCCCUGCUUAUUAAUUACCUUCAGUUUUCUAAUUUCUGAAAUUUAUAAUCACUGUCUUCUUUCUUUAAACAUACAUAGCACUCUCGUCAAACAAAAAAGAAAGUUGAUUUUAGCUGUGAAAAUAUUGAUGCACGUCUUGAGAAAGGUAGUUUAAUUCAGGCUAAAUUAUAUGAAAUAUCACGAGAAAAUUUUCAUGUGAUAAAUCCAUACGAUGGUAAACGUAUUCAAAUUUCUCAUGAAAAUUGUAACAAUGCACGUAAUGGAGAUAUUGUUUUGGUUGAAUUAUUGCCUAUUGGAAAAUGGAAAUUAACUGGUAUUGAAAAUUUAGAAUCUCCCGAAAAAGAUAUUUCAGAUAGUGAGAUGGUUAUUUCAGAUGUAAUUCAGUCUACGGAUGAAAGUUCUGUAUUGGAUUCAGCUGUUGGUUCUACUUCACUUGAAGCAGUUGUUGCUAGUGAAUCACCAAUAUUGGCAGACCAAACACCAUCUACAUCCAUAGAAUUUAAAAAAUCUUGGUUCUACUCUAUCAGUUAUGUGAUAGAAAACUCUCAAAAUAUUAGCGAUACUAAAUUAUUGGACACAAUUAAGAAUUUAGAUCUGUCUUGUAUACCAAGUGCAUUGUGUUCUUUGCCAAAUCCUAAUUUAGUUCGUACAGGUGUAGUUAGAAAAAUUUUGAAAUCAAAUCCAGCUAAUCAGAAAAUUUUGGGUUGUCUUGCUUUUUACCCAAGUAUUUUAAAUCGUAGUUCUGAAUUUUCACAAAAGCACGGAGAUUACUCGUGUGUUCUUCUCCCUUCUUCCAGUAAUCAUCCACUAGUUCACAUAGAUCCAUCUACUGUCCCUUCGGAUGCACUAAAGGAUCAUCAACUUGGAUUAAAAAGUAGUUAUGUGUGUCGAAUUACAAAAUGGUUCGAAAACUCAAAAUAUCCUCUUGGGGUAAUUGAACAAAAUUUCGGAAAUUUGAAUGAACUGGAAAAAGCAACUGUAAAUAUUCUUUUAGAACAUGGAAUCACUGACGAUCAAUUCACACCAGAAGAAUUACAAGGUCUGCCGACUAGCCCACAAGAGUUUCAAAUACCCGAAACAGAGUAUAAAAGAAGAAAAGAUUUCCGUUCUCAUUGUAUUGUCACCAUUGAUCCAAAAGAUGCAAAAGAUUUCGAUGAUGCAUUACAUAUCACUCGAUUGAAAAAUGGCUUAUAUGAAGUUGGGAUCCACAUUGCAGAUGUAUCAUACUUUGUUUACCCUAAUAGUCCAUUAGAUAAGAGAGCUGCAGAUAGGACUACUUCCGUUUAUCUGGUUCAGAAAGUCAUACCAAUGUUACCACCUAUCCUCUCACAACAUUUAUGUAGUCUUGUACCUAAUGAAGAUCGAUUGGCUUUUUCAAUUUUAUUAACAGUAAAAGAGAAUGGUGAGAUUAUCAAUGAAUGGUUUGGUCGAAGUGUAAUUCGCUCACGUUGCCGCUUGACAUAUGACGAAGCCUGGAGCAUAAUCCAAACGACACAGUCAAAUCCAACCAUCGAAGAUAAAUCACGUUUAUUAGAAUUUUUGCCUAAGCCUGAAGCUCCUUUCACGUUUCAAGAUCUUCAAAAUUGUCUGUCUUCUCUGCAUCUGAUAGCAACAAAUCUACGUAGUCAUCGAAUUGAAAAUGGCGCUAUAUCUUUCGACAAAUUAGAACUGAAUUUUAGUUUUCCAAAACCACUACCUGUAAUGGAGAAACACACAAAUGAAUGUUCAACUACACUUUGGCCUCAGGGUUUCUCUGUGAAAGUACGUAAUCCUGCUCAUCAUUUAAUUGAAGAAUGGAUGAUUGUCGCUAAUCAAUCUGUUGCUCGAUUUUUAUUCGGAAACUUUAUUAAACGACUUAAAGGUGUGCAACCUUUUGAAAUUACUGUUGAUACGGGCAAUAAUAAUCAGAAAUGGUUGGGUGCAACGCUACGAAAUCAUUCGAAACCGGAUAGAAAUAGAUUUAGUCAAUUGGUAAAAAUAGCAAAAUCAAACAACAUUGACUUCGAUUCCUCAAGUUCUCUUUCACUUUCCUGUUCUGUCAAAAAGUUGGCUCAUAGUAUAGCUGAAAAAAACUCCUAUAACGAAUCGUUUCUCUUAAAUUUGAUGUCUUCUUUGUCAUAUAUGACCUAUAUCCGCCUAUCUGUCGCUCUAUACUUUAAUUUGGAUAGUAUGUAUAACAUACUUAGCAAACGUUAUGACGAAGAAAAAUUGUUAGAAAAUAUCUCAUACGAUGAUGAUUUUUUACGACUGCUGUCUUUUGAUCCUAAAUCGAUAUUAAAACGAAAUAAUAGAACUAUGCUAAAUUAUACAUGGCACUAUGGUCUCAGCAUACCAUUGUAUACACAUUUCACAUCACCCAUUAGACGAUACGCUGAUUUACUUGCUCAUCGUCAGAUAGCAAGAAUAUUGGAAUGUGAUAAUUCCGUUUAUCCAGAAUUGCAAGUAUCUUUUCAAAGCAAUAAUUCAAUACAAAAAGAUAUUAAGAAUUCUGAUAUAGAUUUACUGGUUGCUUGGUGUAAUGAUCGUCGACUAAAGGCUAAACGAGCUGGAGAAGCAAGCCAACGUUUGUUUUUUACAGCUUGUCUUAGAGAUUAUGGCCCGUUUUAUGAAAAUGGUACUGUGAUGGAUUUGUCCGCCAAUAAAAUCAGAAUUUUGAUCGCAUCUUAUGGCUUAACCAUUGAAACAGAAAUCAAAGAGUUUUUGAAAAAUGUCUUCAAGUGGCAACACAAUGCAGCGGUCAAGGAAGAUGAUCCAGAUAAAGGACUAUCCAACAACGAUUUAAUUCCAGGAAAAACCAAUACAAUAACUUUUACAUGGGAUAAUACAGAGGAUCAAACUGUACAGAAUUCAAAGCAAUCAGAAAUAUCCAUACUUUCGGUUCUACCUUGUCGUGUAUUUUGUCUUCAAAACACACUUAUCCCACUUGUUGAGUUGGUGACUUCGAAUCAUAUCUCUGACCAGAAUGUGUAGUAAAUGAUAUUGUUAUAUUACAAAAAGAACUAUGUACAGUGUAUAUUAUUGCUGAGAAAUCAAGUCUUUUUAUUGUGUAUUUAAGUAUUAAGAAACUUCUCGAGAAUAGAAACUGGUGCUGAACGUGCCGACUGCUAACAACAUACGAUUAUAACUCUUUGAGAUGAAAGACUUGCUUGAACAAGGACCGACGAUUUUAUCUUAAAGUAGUUCUCUAAU